AUGAUAGAACUCGGCCUCGCCCGCGUGGCCGCUCUGCUCAAGCAGACACCACAAACAUGGAACGCCAUCCACGUCGCUGGCACCAAUGGCAAAGGGUCUAUCUGUGCAUACCUCACGGCGAUGCUCCGGGCCAACCAGAUCUCCUGCGGCCGGUUUACCUCGCCGCAUCUCCUGGACCGCUGGGACUGCAUCACCAUCAACGACCAGGCCGUGCCAGAGACCACCUUUCUCCACUAUGAGGAGUUAAUAAAGAAGAGGAACGCCGAACACCAGCUGCGGGCCACGGAAUUCGAGCUGCUGACGGCCACCGCCUUCGAGAUCUUCGAGGCAGAGAAGGUGCAGGUUGGUGUCAUCGAGGUAGGCCUGGGGGGCAAGCUCGAUGCCACCAAUGUACUCAAGAGCAAAGGCGUCACAGUCAUAUCCAAAAUCGGCCUUGACCACCAGUCUUUCCUUGGCAACACGCUCGAAGAGAUUGCCCUUCACAAGUCCGGUAUCAUGCGGAAAGGUGUACCCUGCGUGGCCGAUCUAAGCAACUCUACCACCGUCCUAGAUGUAAUCAGGAAGCACGCUGCAGAAACAGGUGCUCCGCUCCGUCUUGCUGACCCUUCCUCCAAUGCACUCGUGAGUGAGCUGGCCGACAAGCUGGAGCCACACCAGCGGCAGAAUCUGGCAUGCGCCCAUGAAGCAUUUCGACUGGUCUACGCUCAAGCGGCCGAGUCCACCACGUCACUUGCCAGCGCAAUACGCAGCAUGGUAUGGCCAGGGCGGCUUCAGUCACUGAGUGUCGAGCCUCUCACAGGUCGAAAGGCCAACGUGGUUCUAGAUGGUGCCCACAAUCCUCAGUCGGCAGAGGUGCUCGCCUCAUACGUGGACAAGCAUCUCAGGCCAACAUCCUCCGGAGGAGUGACGUGGGUCCUCGCAGCCUCUGCUGGCAAAGACAUCCAAGAGAUCCUGGGGUUGAUACUUCGCCCAGAGGACUCAGUCACCGCCGUGGAAUUUGGACCAGUAGACGGUAUGCCGUGGGUGAAGCCCUUGGACUCCCACACGAUAGUGGGCGCGGUUAAGCGGAUGGGUAUUUCCCAUGUCGAGCGGCAAGAACCAGCCAUAGACUUGGCAGCUGCCCUGAGGAACGCCUCCAAAGUCGCUGACGGCGGUCCUCUGGUGAUAGCCGGCAGUCUGUAUUUGGUCUCAGACAUCCUGCACAUUAUGCCACCCAAUCAUCUGGUCAUAGUAUGCUGCCACGGCAUAUGGGCUGGCGGUCCAACUGGUGGUUCAGACGAGGCAGGAGAGUGGCUAAUUGCGCCCUUCCAAGCCGGCGAGACGCCCACAUUCAUCGACCACAUGAAGGCGGGACUCAAAGUCCUCAGAGAUGACAAGGACGCUGUGUUGAUGUUCUCUGGCGGUCCUACACGUCCAGAAACCAGACUGUCAGAAGCUCUGAGCUACGCCAACCUCACGGCCUCUUCCCCCCCAUCUACAUUUCACGAGCGCAUCCGCUGUGAAGAACGAGCCCUAGACUCGUACUACAACGUGCUCUUCAGCCUGGUCCAGUUCUGGCGGGACUUUGCCCACUCCUGGCCUGCCCGCCUCACCAUCGUGGGCCACUCGUUCAAGAAGGAGCGGCUGGUCGACGAGCACUGCGGCGCGAUUGGGUUCCCGCUCAACAGGGUGGCGUAUAUCGGCAUCGAUCCGCCCGGUGUGCUAGAUGACGAGGGGACAAUGAAGGGGAACGAGGCGGCGCUAAGACAGUGGCGCGCUGAUCCUCACGGGAACGGAGAGGUGCUCGCUGGGAAGAGGGAGAGGAGGAACCCAUGGGCUGUCGAGCAGGAUCUUUUCUUGACAGAGGAGGAGAGGAGGGCCAGCGGUGUUGCUACGAAGCGAUUGAAUGGGGACAGAGGGAGAGAAGUGCUUCUAGAGGGAGCAGUACAGCCUUGGUCGACAGUUUAG